UCUUCCCUUCAUCGGGUCUUUCUGCUUUGUGUUUCACAAUUUAACAAAUAAUUCUGUACCUUGAUUAACAUUAAUCUCACAUCUCUCGCGCUUGAGUUGGAUCAUCUGUUGGGAAACUAAUUACCGUCAUCGACACUGAUUCUCAAUCUAUAAGGAUUGUGCCGACAGAGGCUACUUGAAACUGCCUGUUUGCUUGUAAUUGUGUUGCUGUUAUGGAUUCUAAUGUUUUCAUUGAUGAGAAGGCUGAAAGUAGGCUUUAUGUUGGCAAUCUUGACUUGAGAAUAACAGAGGCUGCAUUGAUUAAGAUGUUUUCUCCAUAUGGAAAGAUUGUAUCAGAGGACUACUUAUGGCAUACUCGUGGACCAAAACGUGGAGAGCCACGAGGAUUUGCUUUCGUCCAGUUUAGUACCAAAGGGGAAGCUAAGUUGGCCAAGGAGAAGAUGCAUGGGAGAUUAGCUUGUGGCCGUCCUUUAGUUGUUCGCCUUGCCAGUGAGAAAUACUUGGAGGAAGCGGCACAAAAGUCGUCAAGAGCAAUAGGCGAAAUAAACAAAACAGGCACUAUUAAUGGUGGAACUUCUGGGCAAACGAGCCGGAGUGCUAAGAUAGCUGCAAUAAAGAACAAAUUGAGAACCUUGGAAGAAGAUGCAUCUAGUGGGAAGAAGCAGAAGCAAGCUGACAACUUCCCUCGUGACUAUAGGGAAAGAUAAUUUAAUGACCAUUAGAAGUGUAUUUUCAGGAUAUACGAAGCCUAUUUUCAGGAAUAGAAUUGUGUUGUAAUGUAACUUGUAUGCAACUUAUACAAUCAUUCUUGAGCUUGA